AUGUUUUUUGGAAUGACAUCAAUUUAUUUGUCGUGUUUUAUCUGUUUCUUCACUAUGGUUGAAAUAUUGAACUUAACCUAUAUCCGUCAUUUCAUAUCUCAUCAAUAUAAUUACAUUCCUUUUGGAAUUUGGAUGAUCGGUGCAUUGUGGGCUAUUCUACCACUCUAUGGAUAUGGCAGAUAUGCAUUAGAACCUCAUAACACAUCAUGUCUAUUGGACUGGACUAAUAUGGAUAAGAGCAUGAAAUUGUAUAUGUUUUCACUAAUUAUAUUUGGUUAUGUACUUCCAUUCGGUAUCGGUAUUUGGUCACAAUAUAAACUGAUACAGUAUGCAGUAUCGGAUACAAAUAAAAAUAAGAAGAAGAACACUACAAAGAUUGAGAUUCUUAUAAAGUUGAAUAAUUCAAUCUUAUUAUUCAAUAUAUUUGGUUGGUUAUCAUAUGGUCUAUUAGCCAUUAAUUCAUUAAUAUCUGGACAAAUAACAUUGAAUCCAUUUACAUAUUGUAUACCACAACUUCUUGCAAAAAUUUCUCAAGCAUUUUUACCUAUAGCUUAUAGUUAUACAGAGAAACAAAUUGGACAAUGGAAUAAAGCAUAUGGAAAUAUAGAAUAG